UAGUGAAGUCAUCAAUAAUUUGUUCAACGCGGAGAUCAUAGUCCAUUAGACCGUGUAAAUUACACACAACACAUGGACGGUUAUGAUAAUUUCAAACAUCAAAUAUCAUAAGUUUCCUUUCAAAAAAAAAACAAUAAAAAAAAACAACUAACUAAUCAUAAAUUUAAGCAAACUUCUCACGUGCUCAAUAAAUUUAAUUAAUAAUAUAACAAAAUUACAAAAAUACUAAAAUAGGUAGUCUAAUCAAAAGUCUUCCAUCAAUUUUAACCUUUCUCAUUCACUCCACCACCACCACUAACCAAAAAUAAUUUCCAUGUCACUUAAUGUGUACAACUAUAUAUAUUUCCCAACUAAUUCCUUACUCUUUUAAAAGUACACAAAUUUCCUCUCUUAAAAAAAAAAAAAAAAAAAAAAAUCUUGAUUCUCAAUCUAAAUGACUAAAUCUCUACUAUAAAGAAAAGAAUCAGGUGCUUAUUUUUUUUGCGUUGGAUAAAAACACUAGAGUUUUUAAGACUUGAAAAUAAUGGAUAGUUUUGUUGAAGAAUACCCUCUUUAUUGGGGAACAGCUGACAUCGGAAUGUAUUUCGAUAAUCAAGACUUCGAUAGUUUGGGAUUAGAUGAAACAUUAUCAUCUUACUAUGAUUACGAUUCGAGCUCGCCGGAUGGGUGUGCUUCUUCGAUGGCUUCUAAGAACAUCGUUUCGGAAAGAAAUCGUCGCAAAAAACUUAAUGAGCAACUUUACAAUCUUCGAGCUGUUGUUCCCAUCAUUUCUAAGAUGGACAAAGCAUCAAUAAUCAAGGAUGCAAUAAACUAUAUAAAAGAGCUUCAUGAACAAGAACGGAGAAUCAAAUCUGAUAUAUCGGAUCUCGAAUACCGGAGAUCGAAAAAUGGAAUUGACAAUACAUGUUCAAUGAUGGAUUAUGAACAAGAGUUGUCUGGUUUACUAAUUAAGUCCAAGAAGAAGAGGACUGAUCAUCGGAAACAACAUUAUGACUCCAAUGGUUGUUGCCGAACAUCUAUCGAUGAUUUAGAAGUGAGGGUGUCAUACGUGGGGGAGAGGACUAUAGUAGUGAGCUUGACUUGCAGUAAAAGAGAGGGCACAAUGGUAAAAUUGUGUGAGAUGUUUGAAUCUUUAAAGCUCAAGAUAAUAACAGCUCAUAUCACUGCUUUUGCUGGGAGACUUUUGAAGACAGUUUUUCUUGAGGCAGAUGAGCUGGAAAAGGAUCACUUGAGAAGAAAGAUUGAGACAGUGAUAUCGUCAACCCACGUCUAACGCACGUCACAGUUUCUCUAUCUGCCACUAGUGGGAAGUUUCAUUGCAAAUAUUUUGCUAAUUUUUUUGCUUUCUGCUUAUUCUUAUUGUUUAGGUGGCUGUUUUUUUCUUCUUGUAAUACUUGGCUUGUAUCAAAAAAAAAAAAAAAAAGAAAAAAAAAUCCUUUCUGUUGAGUUUGGAAAUUUGCUCAAGAAAAAGAAAAAAAGAAAAUUUGAUGCUUUCCACUCUUGAGAUUGGUUGCUCACUUGUUUUUAUAGCACAAAUUGAAUAAUAUACGUGGCUUUCGACUAA